GGCCGAAUAUCCCGCAAACAAAAGACGCCGAAGGAAUUCAACAAGAGGUCAGCUGAAUCUGCCUUCCGCUCACUGGUCAAAACACACGAGAAGUAUGGCUGGGUCACCCCGCCGCUCUCCGAGGGCUAACCCAGGCGAGGGGCCCAGAGAACAAGAAAGCCACAUUCCAUCCGCUUCCUAUCCGAUCCAGCAUGAAUCCAUGGGCAAAGAAACAGAAAAUAAAGACAAGGAAAAAAAGAGAAAGAAAAAUAAGAGAGAGAGAAAAAAAAGGAAAACGACUUUACUCUAAAAGAAAAAGGAAAGAAAAUCAAUUUAAUCUCUAACCGGCAACUCAUCCUCCCACUGUUUAUGACGCUAACUUAAUAUAUUAUUAUUAUUAUUAUUAACUUAUUCUUGUUUAUUUUGUAAUUGUUGUUGUACGUUUAAUCAUGAUUAUGGUCAUUGGUGUUAUCUGUUAUU